AUUGAUCUGGGUGAUGUGGAUCUAGGUGCGAUUGGGUCCAUCGUAGGCGGGAGCAGCAGCAGUGGUCAAGUCUGCUCCGUUUUGGAGGGGGGCUCCCACUUCAGAGGCAGCGCUCUGAGCCUGUGGUGCGCACUCACAAGCCAAAAAUACAUGACUGCAUCUCGGCGGUGUGGAGCUGUUUGCUGCUGCUGCUGCCGCCGCAUACGAGGGGACGUCGAGCCGACCGCUGAUUCGCUGACAAACACCAGGUGUCUACAUCGCACUGGUAAAUCCCAGGGGAGAUGUCUCAUCGAAGUGGGCAAGAGGACCCGGAGCGGUACCUGUUUGUCGACCGGGCCGUGGUGUACAACCCGGCCACGCAGGCCGACUGGACGGCCAAGAAGCUGGUGUGGGUCCCCUCGGAGCGCCACGGCUUUGAGGCGGCCAGUAUCCGGGAGGAGCGGGGAGAGGAGGUGCUGGUGGAGCUGGCGGAGAACGGUAAGAAGGUGGUGAUCAACAAGGACGACAUCCAGAAGAUGAACCCGCCCAAGUUCAGCAAGGUGGAGGACAUGGCCGAGCUCACCUGCCUGAAUGAGGCGUCAGUGCUGCACAACCUAAAGGAUCGCUACUACUCUGGACUGAUAUAUACUUACUCUGGUCUUUUCUGUGUGGUCAUCAACCCCUACAAGAACCUGCCCAUCUACUCAGAGAACAUCAUAGAGAUGUACAGAGGAAAGAAGAGACAUGAAAUGCCUCCACACAUUUAUGCCAUCUCUGAAUCAGCGUACCGCUGCAUGCUCCAAGAUCGAGAGGACCAAUCGAUUCUUUGCACAGGUGAGUCAGGAGCGGGCAAGACGGAAAACACAAAGAAGGUCAUCCAGUACCUGGCCCAUGUUGCCUCCUCACACAAAGGACGCAAAGACCACAACAUUCCUCCCGAUUCUCCCAAAGCAUUCAAGCUACAGGCAAGUGGAUCCCCCGGCGAGGGUGUCGUCUAUUUUCAUGUUUGUACUGAUCUGCAUGCCCUCCUCUCUAAAUCUCUGGCUUUUCUGUAAUGAUGUGGACAGACUAAUGUUAGCUUAUGAUGUUGUGAGGUAUUUGUUUGUGCUGGCUCAGUCUUCUCACAUGGAAAGAAGUGAUUCUUGCAUUAACCCAGCAGACUCGUGACAACAAAACGAUGUUUUAUCAGUUGGUUCUGGUUUAUUAAAACAGUUUGGAAUGAAGGCUUCAUCAGAAACACAUGCCUGACAAUAAAGAAUGACUAUUUAUGAAGUUCUAAUGGGGCCCGAGUCUGUGGAGCCGUGAUGUUGAGCAGUGUGCAGAUCAGAUGGCAGCCGCACCAAACAACUCUCCUCCAUCUUCUUUAUUUUCUAUUUGUUGAUUCAAGUUGAUGAAAUAAAAUAAAAUGUAUGGCAUAUUCCUGCAUGUUUUCAUUUUGUUAGAGGUUUAAGUGCAUGCCUGUAGUUUGAGGUCCAUUUAAUCUGAUCUUAUUUUGUGUUAUAGUUAGGAUAUUGUAUCUCAAUGUUUUAUUCUAAAUUUUUAUUUGGAUAAAAAUCUCAUUCCAAUGUCUGUUUUUCUUA